UGAGUAACCUGUAUACCCUAUCUCUGUGUUCACUGUUCAUGGCCAUGGUUGCACGUGGAAGUGUAUCUGUUACAAGCUGGGUACAUUAGAACUGUGUGUGUAAUGUAUCUACAUCAACACUUCUGUAGACAAGGUUGAUCGCACGAGACACGCUGCACGUCUGUGUCCGGGGUUCUCCUCCCCUGUGGACUGUGAAUAACGAAGAAAACAGUGAAGUGUAGUAUGAGACUUCACACUACUACACAGACAGAGGACUGUUAGGUGGAAUGCUACAUCCUGUCCCGGAAGUUGUUCAGAACGUGAUGUCACUUCACGGAGCCGCAGAAAUACGAGUUUGGUUCUGUCUCUCCCUCCUUCACCUCGCGGCAGCGUCCACAGUUAACAUAGAAAAUUACUGCAACCACCAAGUCCUCGUCGACGAUGCCAGCCAGCUCAUCGUCAGCAACUGGACGUUGGUGCGAGAGAACAGUCCGUGCUGGGUGACUGUGACGUCAGCAUCCCCAGGCCGCUCUGGUCGCUUCUUUCUCUCCCUGAUGGACUUCCGCCUUCCUGGACCCAGAUGCCUGCAUGAGCGCUUGGACAUUGUGGACAGCGACUCCAGGACCAGGCUCACCCCCAGCAACGGGCUGUGCGGGGCGCCCUCCGCUCACCUGCAGUUUGUGUCCACCAACCAAACAGUCUUCCUCGUGCUGUCGUCCAACGACACGUCAGGUGACCUCCACUUCCGGCUGCUGGCAGUGCGAUUUCACACACAACCGUGUGACCAGUCCACUGAAUUCGGCUGCGACAAUGGGCGGUGCAUCUCCAGCCAGCUGCGCUGCAACGGCGACAACAACUGUGGCGACGACAGCGACGAGACGGACGGCUGUCUCAUGUCCUCCACCGUCAUCGCCAUCAUCGCCGCUACAACCACCGCUCUCAUCUUGACAGUGGUAGCAGUGUCCGUAGUCCAUUUCCGACGACGAAGCAGCGGAGAGCUAUGGUGGGGAGGACCUCAUCUCAUGGCAGGAGCUGGCGCCAUCAACGAGGACUCUCCCCAACCAACGAGGAGGUUACUUGGGAACAGCAAGCAGACGUAUGGCACACAAGAGCAACUGCCUUUCCCAACAGACUAAAAGGACAACUGCGGUGAAAUUUAUCAAUAAUGAAGCGUUUGAUGCAACAUCGCCAAAAACACAUAGCAAUGUUUACAAAAAUACCUCUGACAUUUCUGUUACCUUGAAACCACACCUGGGUUUUUUGGAAACCAGCCAAUGGGCAGGAAGUGAUGACAUGUUACGAUGUUUGUAAAUAAUGAUAAACAAGCACAAGAGCUGUCAAAUGAGAAAAUAGCACUUCAAGCAGAUUAAAGUUGACCAAGAUGGUC